UGUUCAUUCUCGUCCAAGAUUGUAGAGCUUCUUCACGGAGCCCCCCCUUCCUUCCUUCCAAUACCAUUUACUUUCAACCCUCGGAACGGGGAAGACUGGCAGGCAAUGUCCGAGCGGAUCAGUGACUGGCUCCUCUCCCAAGUCCAAGAUCGCUCUUCCGCGCUCUGGACUUGGGGCCGGGAGGCGUUCUGGAUCGCAUUCAUUGCCGCCCAUCCCUUGUUCCCUGGCGGCGAAUGGCCGCGAUGGUCGCCUGAAAUCGCGCUUGACGGUGUAUUUGUUCGUCACUGGGUAUAUAACAUGGACCGUAGACGAGUUUUCGGUGGUUCAUACGAUGUGUACGGCGAGCUCUGGGCUCGUUUCAGAUACCAUGUCUCCUUUGUUUUGUAG